AUCUUUGGUGGAGACACUCGCAAGAUUCAAGAAGGACGUGAAACGAACCAACGCCGGGUUCCUGGCGAUAGCAGCAGAGGUGGGGAAUGACGGAGAGAAAGCCUCGGAACCUCCAGAAAAAAUCAAGGACUUACUGAAGGAGUUCCAAGACAUUCUUCCCGACGACCUCCCGGAGGAGCUACCGCCAUACCGAACGCACCAACACAAGAUCGUGGAGGAACCAAGUUCAAAGCCGACCUUCCGAGCACCAUACCAGCUCAGCCCUACAGAACUAGCCGACAUGAAGAAACAGAUCGAGUAUCUCCUCGCCAAAGGACUCAUCCGACCAUCCACUUCGCCAUACGGUGCCCCAGUACUCUUCACACCGAAAUCGGUCGGAAGCCUGCGCAUGUGCAUCGACUACCGAGCUCUCAACAAGCAGACCAUCAAGAACAAGUACCCGAUUCCACGAAUCGAUGACCUGCUUGACCAGCUUCGGGGAGCCACGGUAUUCUCAAAACUAGAUCUGCGGUCUGGAUACUGGCAGAUAAGAAUGGCGGACGAUUCCAUUCACAAAACUGCUUUCCGAACUCGGUACGGAUCGUACGUGUAUCUGGUAAUGCCGUUCGGACUCACCAACGCACCUGCAACAUUCCAAGCAGAGAUGAAUCAUAUCCUAUGCCCACUCUUGGAUGAAUGCGUGGUGGUGUACCUAGACGACAUUCACAUCUACUCGCGCGACAUGCAAGAACACGUCGAGCACCUACGAGGCAGCGACUUUGCCCACGAGAAAGUCCAAUUCCUCGGACAUAUCGUAAGCGCUCAAGGAGUUCACGUCGACCCCAAGAAAAUCAAAGCCGUGCGUACGUGGAAGACACCCGAGAACGUGAAGGAGUUACAGCAGUUCCUUGGCUUUGCUAACUACUACAACAGGUUCGUGCCGCAAUACGCAAAGAUCGCCAUGCCACUCACGAAUCUGCUAAAGAAGAACACGCCCUAUAAAUGGGAGCCACAACACCAGGAAGCCGUGGAGCAGCUGAAACAAGCACUCACGUCCGCACCCGUACUCAUCUUGCGAGACCCUGAAAGCGACUACGUUAUGGAAGCUGACGCCAGCGAUCAGGCAAUGGGAGCAGUCUUGAUGCAAGACCAGGGGAAUGGACUGCAACCAAUUGCCUACCUCAGCAAAAAAUUACACGGGGCAGAACUCAACUAUCCGAUACACGACAAGGAGGCCCUUGCUAUCAUCAUCGCCUUCAAAACGUGGAGAUGCUAUCUUGAAGGACGCACGACGACAGUCCACACCAACCAUUGCAGCCUAAACUAUUUGAAGAUGCAACCAAGCCUCUCCAGGCGGCAGGUCCGGUGGAUUGACUUCCUCGAGACACACUUCCACUACGACAUCGUGUACAAGCCCGGCCACAAAAACAAAUCAGAUGCGCUUAGCCGGCCUGCACACGUUGCCGCUAUCCAAUUCACCAGUAAAUUCUGGAAAGAACUAAUGUCUGUGCUCGGGACCAAACUCGUCAUGUCAUCCGCCUACCAUCCGCAGACAGAUGGACAGACCGAGCGCCUCAACCAAAUUGUGGAGCAACUCCUCCGCGCAGCCUGCAAGGACGACAUCUCCAAAUGGGACUUGCAUUUGCCUAUCCUAGAGUUUGCCUACAACAAUGCUACUCACGCCGCCACUGGACAGACGCUGUUCUUCCUCUGUUACGGACGCCACCCACUCACACCUCAACAGCCCAACAUACCAGCCACAGCAUGUUAUCUAUGAGUGACGGCUUCUGGCACUCCAACACCAUACCUGCAGCAGAGAGAACACGAGCAUUAGCAGUCAUCAAACAAGAAAGACAAGUACCCGCAAGCGUCCCAACAAAACCAUCACCUGCAGUAUCGGCAGCAGGACCCAGCCGAGUACCACCACCAGCGACACGAGGACCGCCAACCGAAGCAGACCAACUUAUGCCCGUCACACGAGAAGCCUGUCGAAGUCCCGCCUCGGUCGUCGCGUUCUUCUCCAACGCCGACAUCUACCACCGCUCGCCCGGCCACCGCGCUCCCGACGACAUCUGGCACCAACGUCUCGGACAUCCUGCAAACAGCACGAUAC